AUGAGCUGCUGUGAAAGCUUUACGGAGAAGCUGGAGGCGUUAAGAAAUGUCCUGUGGAAGCGCAGCGGAGAGCAGAGGGGAUCGAGGCGGAUCCCUCUGAUGAGGAAGAUCUGCUACGCCGUCGGAGGCGUCCCACAUCAGGUCACAUCUGCUGCCAUCGGGAUCUCACUGCAGAUUUUCCUGCUGGAUGUUGUGCAGAUGAAGGCCUCCUCUGUAUCUCUGAUCCUGUUUCUCAGUCGGGUCUGGGACGCCGUGACCGACCCUCUGGUUGGAUACCUGCUGACCCGCAGUACCUGGACACCCAUCGGCAAACUCACCCCAUGGCUGGUUGUUUCCACUCCGUUCGGCAUCCUGUCCUACGUGCUGCUGUGGUUUGUGCCUGCAGACUCCAUGUCGGAGGCCGCCUGCGUGUUGUGGUUCCUCACAGUCGCCUGUCUGUUCCAGACGCUCAUGAGCUGCUACAACGUCCCCUACGUCUCGCUGAGCAUGUCCCUCGGAGGACGUCAGAGGGACAGAGACUCUGCCACUGCCUACAGUGUAUUGGACCUGGGAGACGUGUAA